AUGCUCUUCGGUCUCGUCCUCCUCGUCCUCAUUCCCCUCGCGAUUGGCCUCGGCGUGGGUCUGGACCCCCGGCGUCACCGCUCGAAGUCGGCAUGGACAGCAACCCCGUCUGAGACAGCGACAACGGUGAUCCCCGGCCGCCUUUGGCGGCCCCUGAUCGUUCUCAGUCAGCCAAUUGUUGCCAGCGACGUCCCGACUAUCACUCCUGAUGUCGACGUCUACGACGUCGACCUCUUCGAUACGCCGCCUGAGACCAUUGCCGCGCUGCAUGCCCGCGGCAAGCACGUCGUGUGCUACUUUUCCGCAGGCUCAUAUGAGGCCUGGCGCACCGACGCGGCCAGGUUUGACAAGGGCGACCUCGGAAGCGCACUCAGGGGCUGGCAGGGCGAGAACUGGGUCAAGACCGGCAGCCCGACGGUGCGCGCCGUCAUGAUCAGCCGUAUCCAGCUCGCCGUGAGCAAGGGCUGCGACGCCAUCGACCCGGACAACGUCGACGCCUAUAACAAUGCUAAUGGGCUCGGACUCACCACUGCCGACGCUAUAGACUUUGUCAAGUUCCUCGCCAGCACCGCCGCGGGCUACAAUAUGUCGAUCGGGCUCAAGAACGCCGGCGAUAUCAUCCCUAGCGUGCUCUCUUCCGUCGACUUCUCGGUCAACGAGCAGUGCGCCGAGUACAAAGAGUGUGAUAAGUACGCUGCGUUUGUCAAGGCCGGCAAGCCCGUCUUCCACAUCGAGUAUCCUGGCGAUGCUCCCAAUCCUUCCAGCUCCGAGCUCGACGCUGCCUGCAACUCGUCUGGCACCAAGGGCUUCAGCACUGUCAUCAAGAAGAUGAGCCUCGACAAGUGGGUUCAGUACUGCAACGACCAGAAGGCAAACUAG